CCGACCUUGAGUUCGGGCGAUGUCGUCUGGUGGGUUACAGGUGCCAUCAACUAUGGUGGAAAAACUGAACGAAUCGAGGGGUGACACAAUCGCACAGGAAAUGGUGAAGGUAUUCCAAUUUGAACGUCGCAAUAUAAUUUUCAAUAAGGACUCAAAGUUCUCGGUAUCCUCACUUAGACGGCGUCUACCAAGUCGAUCAACCUCAGAAACUGGAAGCUACGAUUCAGGCCUAAACAAUUCGAAGUCUGUUUUCAAACCCCGGCAGCCUGUCUACUUAGCCACCUUUAAUGUUCGCUCACUGAAGCAAGCAGGUCGACAGAUGGCUGUCGCUCGUAUGCUGGAUUCCCUCUGCAUUGAUGUAUGUUGUCUGUCAGAAACAAGGAUGCAGGACGCAAGUACAGUGAUCGAACUGACUGCUCCCUCGCUCUCUUCCAGGUUCCGGCUGCACACCUCUGGUGAUGCGGAGGCUGCUGUAGCUGGAUAUGCUACGUUUGCAAUGUCAUCUAAGGAGGCCGCGUCGGGACAAACUGGACGUGAUGAGGAUCCGCAAUCUCCCACCGUUAUGUCGAACUCUAGUCAGGUGACAUUGACUGAAUUCGGUGGUAAUGAAGCACCAUACGUGGAUAGUUCUGAGCAUGGUACCUACACCAGCCGACUAAUGCCCACCAGCAGUCAGAUUGAUAGUGAUGGAGCUUCGAGCUACAAAAGUCGUGAUAAGCGUCGUUCUAGCGUGAAGAUCGAUCGUCGUGUCUACGUGCAACAACACACGGCCUCCUUAUCGUCAAUAUCCACGGAGCAGGACGACUCCUCCUACACCGGUUCCAGUUCAGAGGACGAAGAAGACAGUCCUCAACGUGAAAAUCCUCGCGAACGGUGGUUAAAGCCAGCUAGUAGGCCGACCAACUCUCGCGGUUUCAAUGAUUUUUGCGUUCAGAAAAUACGUCGGGCUUCCUUUGGCUUGCGCGAGAUUGAGAUCGCGGAGCAAGCCCCUUUGUCAGCUGUCAUGAAUUUCGACCAUCUUUUACAAGUAAUCAGUUACACACAAUGCAUACUGUUCCAUUUUUCCAUCUUCAUUUCGUCAGAGAUGCCUGCGCUUGUGAAUUUGAGAAAGCGUGCCAAAGAUGAUCAGCCAUUGAAAGGUGCUCAGAUUUUGGGGUGCACUCAUGUGACUGCGCACACUGCGGUUUUACUAGAGACGCUUGUUGUCCUCGGUGCACAAGUGCGGUGGUGUGCAUGCAACAUCUACUCGACUCAAAACGAAGUCGCUGCCGCGUUGGCCGAGAAAGGUUACGCAAUCUACGCUUGGAAGGGAGAAUCUGAAGAGGACUUCUGGUGGUGUAUUGAUCAGUGCAUAAAGCAUGACUCAUGGCUUCCAAAUGUCGUUCUGGAUGACGGCGGUGACCUAACGCAUCGCUUGCACAAGGAAUAUCCCGACCUACUGUCCGGAGUUCGAGGCAUUGUGGAAGAGAGUGUAACCGGAGUGCAUCGACUCUAUCAAUACGUGAAAGCUGGAACUCUACGCGUUCCAGCGAUGAAUGUCAGUGAUAGCAUCAACAAAUCCAAAUUCGAUAAUUAUUACUUGUGCAAAGAGUCCGUAGUUGACGCGUUGAAGCGAACGACGGACAUGAUGAUCAGUGGGAAGACUGUCCUAGUUUGCGGAUACGGGGAGGUGGGCAAAGGCGUAUGCCAUGCGUUGAAAGGGAUUGGAGCUUUUGUAUGUAUCACAGAGAUUGAUCCAAUCUGCGCUCUUCAAGCUAGAUUAAGUGGUGUAAUGCGCGCACUUACUAAUGACGACUGUGCAACUAUUUCCUUUUUCUCCCCCCCUAGUAUGGACGGAUACCGUGUGGUGAAAAUCGAAGAGGUUAUCCGAUCUGUUGACGUAGUAAUAACCUGCACGGGGAACAAGUCAGUCGUAACACGGGCCCACAUGGACAGUAUGAAGAACGGCUGCGUUGUCUGUAACAUGGGACAUUCGAACACGGAAAUCGAUGUUCGAUCGCUUCAAACCCCUGAUCUGACCUGGGAACGUGUUCGAUCCCAAGUCGACCACGUGAUCUGGAUGGAUGGGAAGCGGAUAGUCUUGAUAGCCGAGGGCCGCUUAGCGAAUCUGAGUUGUUCCACGGUUCCAUCGAUUGUCAUUUCGGUGAGCGCAAGCACUCAGAUCUUCCAUGUCUUCCUUUUCCAGGCAUUGGCGCUCAUCGAAUUGUACAAUGCCCCACCUGGCCGUUACAAGAAUGAUGUCUAUCUUUUACCGAAAAAGAUGGACGAAUAUGUGGCCACACUCCACCUUUCCUUGUUCAACGCCCGGCUGACUGAACUCACCGAUGAUCAAGCCAAAUAUUUGGGCGUCAACAAAACUGGCCCUUUCAAACCAAGCAAUUAUCGUGAUGUUCAUUUCGUAAUAAUUGUGCAAAUAUUUGUCAUGCUUUCUGACCCGUUCGUUUUUCUUCAUCUUUUUGCAGCUACUAAUUCGCGGGAUUCCGUCGAUCCGAUGCGCACAUAUGUCUUCCGUUUAGGUGCGUGCAUCUAG